UGCUAUUAAUUGUGGUAUUCAAGACCAAAUAAUAAUUAUUGGAGAAGAAAUUCACAAAUUUGGUUUCAAGCUGACAUUCAAACGUAAGCCGCAAAAAGAGAUAAGAAAAUAAUCGUAAAUAUAAUGAAGAUAUUUAGUGUCAUCUUAGUCACACUUUUCAUAACUUACGCAAGUGCUGACUCAACAACCGGAACAGGCUCGUUCGCAGUCACGACAGAUAACAAUCAAAAUGAUGCCACAAUUAAGAAAACUAUUUUCAAACCUUCAGUUACCAGAACCGAAUUGAAAGUUUCCAGAAGCUUAAACCCCGACAAUGUUCAAACGUUAAAUGUUCGAACCAACGAUGGUGGACUUGCCACGAUAAUUGUUAAGAAACGAGAUGGAAAAUCGUCAGUCAAUAACGAGCCGCGUAAAGCAUUUUAUGAUGUUAGUAACGAAUUUUCGCGCGGUGAAGUGCGACGGGGAUUUUUUGGACCAGUUCGAGUAAUCGACGAUUCACAAAUUCAAUCAUUGCAUCAACGUCAACAGCAAUUCGAAAGCGGUCGAAUUCACAACAAUUGGGUAAACGCUCAACCAGUCACAACAUUGCACCAAUCUCAACUUUAUCAUCGAAAUCCUCAUGAGUCUUAUCGCUUUACACCACCAUCGCCAAACGAUGAAAAGUCAGUGAAGUUAAUCAGUUCAUUCAUGAGACAUGUUCAACAAAUUGAAGGAUCUCGUAAAGUUAGAAGUCCUGACAGUUCAUUACCAAACGAUCGUGCACAAAUCCUAACAAAAAUUCCUGAACCAGUUACAAUAAAUUCCGAAACAGUUUAUGUCAAAGAUCAAAAUAAGAAACAAGGCAGAUCAUUGUUAGAAAUCGACAGUGAUGGAAUUCCGUUGAUUAAUGGAAUUCGCGUGCCAGACGAUGAGAAUGAUAAACGUCAAACUUGGAGAAAUGCUCGAGUGAUUAAUGGUGAGCUUGUGCCAUACGAAAAUGGAUAUGUGCCACCGAGAACCGUCGAGUAUGGUCAAUUAAUUUACCCAGUAAAGAAAUCUGAAGACGAUCCUCCAAUUCGAAGGAAAAGUAUUGGACCAUUCAAUAAAUCUGACAACUUUUCAGAAGAAAAUGAAGAAGAUGAUAACAGUAAAAGUAUUGGACCGUUCAGUGUCAGAGAUAUGUUCAUGUCGCGACGAAAUCAAAAUUUAGAUGGAAAUAUUGGACCUUUCUCCAUUGCUGAUAACUCAAAGACAUCAAACUCAAAGUUGAUUGAUUAUAUAAAGAGAAUUAAUGACCAGGAGUACCGUAAAGAUUAUUUUGCUGGACGUUCGCCAAAAGACGGCGGUGGUCAAAAGAAGAUUCAACGACGAAUGUUGACACAACCUGGUAAUGUUUACUUCCCACCAUCAUCAAGAUAUUCAACGAGUAGUAAACCAAAUGAUUCAAAUCUUGCUGGUCCCGUUCUUCAAUACGCACAUCCAGAAUUCGGUUUGCAAACUGUUGGUUCAUCGUCAUCGUCUUAUGAAGAUCAUCAACAGCAAGCCAAAAAUAAACAAGCACAAAAAGUUGAAUAUUAUUCGAAUAAUUAUCAGCAACGUCCAAAUAAUCAACCAAUUUAUCAAAUUGAACCAGCAUCAUUAAACACUAAGGAAUUUUAUAAUUACCCAAAAACACCAGCAACUUAUCCUUACAAUUAUGGUUUUAUUCGUCGUGUAAAAGCAGACAGACCGCUCUGGGUGAAGAUUUCAGAACAAGUCAGAGACACAUUUCAAAAUGGGUUCACCCAAGUUCAACAAAUAACUCGACCAGUUGUCGAACCAAUCAUGGAGGCUGGUGAGAAAAUCUCACAAAAUCUUGGAUUUUCAUAUCCAGUACAAAAUCGUAUCGCACAAGAUAAGGUCAGCUCAGUAGCGUCAAUUCAUGGUGGAACUUCCUACAUUUUUCCUGCUCUUGGGAUGUUGGCUGGGGGGGCUGCUUUAGGCCUUGGAGCUGUGGCAAUGGGAAGAAUUUUUGAUGUUGGAAGUAUAUUAACAAUGCGAUCAGGUGAUGAACAAAGUGACAUUGCAAAUCAAAGAGCUUUGGAGGCCAUACAAACAGCACCAAGUACGACACUUUUUUUAGUGGAGAAUAAUGGGAAUGAAGUUCAUGCUGAUAAUCAGGAGAAAUCAAGUGCAAGAAAUUAUGACACAGAUAUGAUAAACAUUUAUUCAUCUCCAACAUCAUCAAAGGCUAAAUUUCUUGAACUUAUUGCCAUACCUUAUCACAGUUCCAUUGACUCAAGUAUAGAACCAGUGGAAGAAUCACAACUCAACAGUCAUCAGCGACGUAAAAGAAAUAAAUAAAUAAAUCCUUUAAUUUCUAAAUAAUUUUCUUUGAAUCAUUUAUUUUUAGAUUUUAUGUUAAGUUAUUUAUUAAAUAUUGAAAUAAAUUUUAUAAAGAAUUGUU